AUGUCGAAAAAGGAAAGUCGCAAAGAGAGCAAGCUAAUCCGAUGCAUCAAGUCACCAAUCAGAGUCCUGGGCAAAGCCAGGGAUUUCUACGUGAGGAGCAUGACCAGGUGGGCCGGGAAGGUCGAGUACGGCGGCGUCAUGGGCGGCGCCCCCACGGCCCAGGUCUCCAGCCUGCCCAAGAGCUUCAGCGUCAGCUCGUCGAAAACGAGCGGCGACGACGACGACCUGAGGGACCUCAUCAGGGCUGCUUCCACCAGGAGUCUGGAAAGCAAGGUUCAGCUGGAGCUCCUGCGGCGGCAGCCAGCUGGCCGGGCUGGGGCGGCGAACGGGGUCGUGCCGAGGAGCCAGAGCGUUGCGAUCGGGAGGAUUGAGGAGGACAAGUGUUACGAGUUCGAGAACGAUCAUAUGGGUAAGGUUAAUACGGAGUUUGUUCCGAGGAGCAAAAGCUAUGCUGUUACGAGGAGAGCUAAUGGCCGGUUUUGA